AUGGGAAAAUCUCAAUCGAAGCUGUCACCUCAACAGCUGGAGGAACUACAAAAAUCUACACACUUUGACAAGAAAGAACUACAGCAGUGGUACAAAGGUACUCUCACAAAAGAAGAGUUCCAGAAGAUUUAUCGACAAUUUUUUCCUUUUGGUGACCCGAGUUCAUUUGCGAAUCACGUCUUUAAAGUCUUCGAUGCGGACAAUAGUGGCACAAUCGACUUCAAAGAAUUCAUCUGUGCGCUUAGUGUCACAAGCAGAGGCAAGAUGGAGGACAAGCUGGAUUGGGCUUUCCAACUCUAUGAUAUCGACGGCGAUGGCAAGAUCAGCUAUGAAGAGAUGCUGCAAAUCGUAGAAGCGAUAUAUAAGAUGGUUGGGUCUAUGGUCAAGUUGCCAGAAGACGAAGAUACCCCCGAGAAGCGAGUAAGGAAGAUAUUCCGGAUGAUGGACAAGGACGAAAACGGAAGCCUUGAUAUGGCCGAAUUCAAGGAAGGGAGCAAGCGAGAUGAGACCAUAGUAUCGGCGCUUUCACUUUAUGAUGGUUUGGUCUGA